UACAAGCAGGGUGAGUGAGUGGUUUGGUAGCCGCUGCAGCAGGAGGAAGGAAGGCGGUUCAACCACUAGCUAGUAUCUUUCAGUUUCGUAAUAAAAAAUAUAUCGGUGGGCCCGUUCUGAUAGCAAUCGGUGAUUUGAGUAUUAGACCAAGAUAUUAUUUGAGAUAGGUAUAUUUCGAAUAAUUACCCCCCCGGAUAGAGACAGCAACCGCCAUUUUAAUCGAGUAUAACACGUUUUCGGUGACAGCAGCGCUAGCACAACAAUGGCUCUGAAAAGAAUUCACAAGGAGUUGAAUGACUUGGCACGGGACCCACCAGCCCAGUGUUCUGCAGGACCAGUAGGAGAUGACAUGUUUCACUGGCAAGCCACGAUAAUGGGACCUAACGACAGUCCUUAUCAGGGUGGGGUGUUCUUCCUGACUAUUCACUUUCCCACAGACUACCCCUUUAAACCGCCAAAGGUUGCAUUUACCACGAGAAUCUAUCACCCAAAUAUCAACAGCAACGGCAGCAUCUGUCUCGACAUCCUGCGAUCACAGUGGUCUCCCGCCCUCACCAUCUCCAAAGUUCUCCUGUCAAUCUGCUCUCUGCUGUGCGACCCAAACCCAGACGACCCCUUAGUACCUGAGAUUGCCCGCAUCUACAAGACGGACAGGGAAAAGUACAACAGAAUAGCUCGGGAAUGGACACAAAAGUAUGCAAUGUAGUGUUGGCGUAGAAUCAUGGCGAACCACCUCUACAGCUAAUGUUAGUGGAGCUUUGAAAGUGAAGAGAAAAGAAAUGAAAGAUCUUGUUGGUUUCCAUUGGAGUGCUUUCUUUGAGCCACAUCUCCCCUUAACCAGAGCACCCGUAAACUCCCUCUUUCCUGCCCUGUCCCCCCUUCCUUCACAACCAGUCCACCCCCCUCCACCUCUCCACCCUACUUAACCUGGCAGCCAUGGUGUACAUAUUCUCAAUUUGCAAUCGUACCCCCCUUCUACUCCUCUCAUACCUACCCCACACUCCCCUCCUUAUUCCUGAUCAUAUUCCUGAUGCAUGCUGGGCUACUCCUCUCCCCCCUGACGUUCCCAUAGGGCCCUCCAAAUGUUCUUCACUCUAAAAGCAUUCCUUAUCAUCUGUGUGACUAGGGGGGGUGGGGAGGGGGUCUGAAAUGUAGGGAUAUUUUACUCUGUACCUUUUUUUUUUUUGUCUCCUGAUCUCCCAGCUAUGUAGACGUGAAAGCUUUUCACAUGUUUAGCCGGGGGCACUCGUGUGUUUUGUAUCAAAUCUAGUAAGGAAUUAUUUUAAUCAUAGCGGGCUAUAAAAUGAAAAACUGUUUAUGGCCUUUUUGUCUGUUUCUCUUGAAUUAUAUGAAAGGACUUGAAUUGAUCCACUCUCCCGCACUAUUGCCAUAAACAAAGAUUGUUCCCGCACGCACACACAUCCACACACAGACAGACACCCCCUUACCCCAUUUCUCCAAGACCACCACCUUCGUUACAUUCACAAACUGGAGGUUUUGGACCAGGUAUUUAAAGAAAGUUUUCUUAGUUCAUCCUGUGUUUUAUUAUUUCCCUACAACUCUUAGGUUGCAUUUUUGUUACUGUUGAAAUUCGAGGCUAACAUCUUCAGGCUGUGGGGCUGGUUUGGGCUCUGGGUGUGAGGACAAAAUGCUCCUCACACAAACAAACUCUGUAUAUUGAAUUACCUGAGAGGCUCUUUGAGCUUUGUGUUGAUUAAACUGUGUAAUAAAAACCAUGACUCAAGCA